AUGAAGUCAGUCAUCGUCAUCGUUCAAUCUCGAUAAAAAACAGCUGCUCCCAGUCUCCGGAUUGUUUACACUGCUAAUAUAGCCGAAAAAAUAUGUGUAAAAGUACAUCCUUAAUCUCCUGAAGUCAGAAGCUCACCUAUCUCGACACUCUACAUAACUAUGCCAGAAAACAGGCUCGAGAAAGUCGAUGUUGUUGUGUAUCAAGAAUCUGUUUUUGUGUUCGGUUGACAAAUAGGAAAAAGAAAGUUACCAAUUUGUCGGCCGCUUGUAUCCCGCAAGUGAAUAACUUUCCCCAGGACAAAAACCACGAAUAGCGUCAAAAAAACAGUGCAAUUGCCAACGGGAUCACAGUUGAUAUCGAUAAGUGAAUCGUAAACAAAUGUUGUUCGUAUAGCGGAACAAUAGUACAUUGGCGUCCUCGUUUACCGUCUCGUAUAAGUAAGGGCUGCAUAAACAUGUCCUUACAACGACUGCCUUAAAUCAGCGCUUACAUGCUUCGAAGCCGAUCUGACAAAGUCGUUCGUUUGGAUGGAACCGUAGGCAUUGCCUAUUUCAACAAACCCCUCCAGUUGCGACCGUCUCCAUCGAUCGGGAACGCGAUCGUUGUACCCGUUUUGCUGCCUAUGGCUGCUAUUGCUGACGCUCAAAAUAAUUGCCGUCGUACGGCCAUAAUCACGAGCAUCGUCAUCGAUCCAGGGGUUCGGAAAAGGGAAAAGCAUUGUCAAACAGGGACACAUCGGAGCAGAACUUCAUACGUAGCACGAUAGGGAAGCACGUACAACGCGUCUGGCAUCAUCAUGGAUGGACCGAAGGAAACAGACGAUGAAGAGCGGGUACAUCCGCGGGUCAUUAUUCACAUCGAUAUGGACUAUUAUUACGCUCAAGUAGAGGAAGUACUGAAUCCCUCGCUCAAGGAAAAGCCGUUUGCGGUAAAACAACGCUUUUGUGUGGUAACGUCGAACUAUAUCGCACGGCAGCAGGGCAUCAAGAAGCUGCAGCCCGUGAAGGAAGCUCUUGCCAUGUGCCCAGAGCUGGUGCUUAUCAAUGGAGAAGACAUUACCAAGUACAAGGAAAUGUCGGUACGCAUCAACGAAAUCAUGCACCGAUUUACACCACACGUCGAAAAGCUCGGACUGGAUGAGAAUUAUUUGGAUGUAACCGAACUUAUUUCCGAGCGGCUCGAACAGCUGGAAGCGACUGGUGGUAGCGCAGAGCUUUCGCAAUUAAACUACGUCGAGGGACUAAUCCAUCCUCCACCGGAGAGGAACGCAUCUGAGCUGGCGCCAUUUCGGGAAACAGAUCGCGAUCUUUUCCGGCAAUGCUGCCACUGUGGCUGUGAUCGAAGACUGAUACUGGCAACACAUCUAGCGAAAGAGAUACGUGACAGCAUAUUCAAAGAGCUUGGACUGCGCUGUUGUGCCGGAAUUGCGCAUAAUAAGCUACUGGCGAAGUUGGUUGGUGCAGUGAACAAACAGAACAAGCAGACCGUUCUGCUUCCCACGCAAGGCAGCUUGUUUGUAGCAUCGCUUGGUUCGGUUCGUAGCCUUACCGGAAUAGGAGAAAAAACGGCCCAAACUUUGGCUGACUGCUGUGGUAUAAGCACCGUCACAGAUCUUCAGUAUGUGGAGCUGGACAGGCUUACUAAACAUCUAGGGUACGAACAGGCCGUAAGAUUGAAGCAAAUUGCCUUCGGUCGAGAUGAUACAGCGGUGAAACAGACGGGUAAACCGAAAUCAGUCGGUCUAGAAGAUUCCUGCCCUUCCAUAUCGGUACGUGCGGAUGCGGAAGAAAAGUUCCGCCACCUUUUGGUGCGGCUGGUAAAAAACAUCGCAGAAGACGGUCGGGUGCCGAUCGCUAUAAAGGUUACCGUCCGUAAGUUUGAUCUAGCGAAGCGCACCACACACCGCGAAUCAAAGCAGGACAAAUUACUUCCCUCGAUGUUUCGGCAUGCUAACGGGCGGCUUGUACUGACGGACGGUGCCCAAGAUAAAAUUCUCGCCAUCGUCAUGAAAGUAUUCGAGCGAAUGGUAGAUCUGCGCCAACCGUUCAAUAUAACGCUGCUGGGGCUAUCUUUUUUUAAGUUUCAAGAGCGACGCGUCGGUAGUAAAUCCAUAGCUAAUUUCCUAAUCAAAAAGUCCGAUAUUGAAGUCCAGUCUAUAACCAAUCUCAGCAACGAAUCGAUCACGCUCAGCGAUAUCAGUUUUUGCUCGAACAAAUCGUCCCUUUCGGCAAUGGAUUGUGAACCGUGUUGUUCCUCGGACGCAGGCUCGGUCGCGUCACUGUCGGGCUCGGAAUCAGACGUAGAACCAUCGCCAAAAAAAUCACGUCGCCUUAUGUUCCAGGCCAAUCGACACAGGCCGUUCGGUGCACAGGAACGACGAUAUGGGAACAGUGAACCGGACGAAACCACACUUAGCAAGCUGCGAGUGGCCGAUCUACGAUUGAAUUCCAAAGAGUACGAUCAGGACCAUUCUUCCCUGGCUGUGUCGCCCGGCUCACCAAUGGAUGUUUCCACGCAAGGUGGACCAUCAAAGAUGUCAUCAUUCUUCCGAGAGCGCAUAGGGACAACGUCCGAUCCCAUCGCAAGCCGAUCAACACCGGUGUGUAGAUCGAUUGACAGCACGGCAGGCAGCAGCAGUAAAAUGGAGGUUAGUGUUUCACCUGUAUCCGACAUUCCCCGCGGCGACCGUGCCAGUACCGGUAGGGACCACACACAGACUAAAAAUCAUUGCAAAAGUACAAAUCUCCUGCCCCCCAACGUGGACCCGGAAGUGUUUCAUGCGCUACCGGAUGAUGUACAACAGGAGUUACUUAGUAAUUGGCGAAGGGCAAAUGGUGGUACGACGGUACCCAGCAGCAGUGCAGGGUUAGGCCCUAGUAAAGCAAGCCCGGGCAGCGCGAGCCCCAACAGUACUCACAACAAUUCCACCACCAAUAAUAGUAGCAGUAACAAUAAUACUACUCCAACAAAUGCUGCCACAACCGGUAAGGGUAGCUCUAAAAAUACUUUACAUCGCUACUUCGUUAAAAACACGUAGCACAUGUUAUCUGCGGUAUCAUCUAUUGCAUCUUUAGCGUACAUCAUCUCUUUUUUUUUCGUCCGCAUUUUAUUCACUCCCCAACGUGUCCCGGAGCGAUUGUGGCAGCUAUGCAUGGAGUCAGAUGGUUUUAUCGUUUAGCUUGUGGAGGUAAUUUUUGGCCAAUGCGCUCUCUAUUUCCAUUCACACACUCAAUGCACGUAAAGGCUAAGUUUUAGAUUCUCUAACGAGUGUAGUAAAGGGUUAUUGUUAAUUUCGUGUUCGUUUUCUGUUUUGCGUAUAGUGAGUUUUGGUUGAAACUUUAGAAUGAAAGGAUUUGUUUUUACUGUUACUGAGUUUUGUAAAUCUCCUCGUGCAUUCUUGUCGCCUCUUCCAUCAAGAAACACCACGAUUAAACGCUAGUGCUGGAUUGUAAUAUCUGUAUUAAUGUCCAGGUUUUUUUUCUUCUAUGGCUCUGAACAGACACAACAGCGUAUUGUACAUACUUACUUAAAUCACAAACAUUUCACCAUUUUAUAGCCGGUAGGUUAACGCAGCCUUUUCUUUUUUCGCGCAUCAAUCAUUUACAAAAAUCAUUCCCGCCUGAGAGAGAGAGAGUGAGAAACAAGAAAAGAAUCAAAAUGUUUAAUAGUAAAAAAACGGUAUAACAAUUUGUUAAACAUAACUAGCUAUUGAAUCGAUCUUUUUU